AGUGUCGUGCUCCCAUUGUGUGGACUGCGCAGUUUCCCAACACGCCGAUUUAAAUAAGCGCUUUGCCAGUCGGUUGGCGAUUCGCGUGGUGGUGGCCAGCGUAGCAGCAGGUGAGCUACCAGGGCUGCGAGGUUACACAUUUCAAAAUGACAACACUUGAAGAAGCUGAAGUAGUAGAAGCACAGAGCAGUAGCUCUAUGCUGUAUCCAAUCCUGAUAGUGACUGCAAUUUUAACCAUAAUACAUUACUGGCGAGAAAACUCACGUUUUGUAAAACUGGGCAACAAACUCCCAGGUCCUCCUACCCUGCCUUUCAUCGGCAACAUCCACAUGAUAUUUGGUAUUACCAGUUCAAAUGAGAUAAUGGAGAAAGCACUUGAGAUAAGCAAGGACUAUCCACCUGUAGUAAGAGGAUGGAUUGGAACCUGGAAUCUGUUCGUAUUUCUGAUGGAUCCAAGGGACAUUGAGAUAAUUCUGAGCAGUCAUGUACAUAUUGAUAAAUCUGUAGAAUACAGAAUGUUCAAACCAUGGCUUGGAGAUGGCCUACUCAUUAGCACUGGUGAUAAAUGGAGAGCACACAGGAAACUCAUAGCUCCAACAUUUCACCUGAAUGUGCUAAAAUCAUUUGUAGGCCUCUUUAAUAAGAAUGGGCAGACUCUUGUACAAAGGCUUAAGAAGGAAGUGGGAAAACCAAGCUUUGAUGCACAUGAUUAUCUAAGUGAAACAACAGUUGAUACUUUACUUGAGACUGCAAUGGGAGUCAAGAGAACUUCACAAGAUGGAGAAGGGUAUGAUUAUGCAAUGGCCGUAAUGAAGAUGUGUGAUAUUAUUCACCAGAGAACGUACAAGGUUUGGCUGAGGCUAGAACCAAUAUUCCGCUUGGUAGGAAUGGCUAAGGAACAGUUGCAGCAUCUGAAUACAAUACACGGUCUCUCAUCAAAAGUAAUCAAGAAGAAGAAAGAAGAAUUUCUCAAAAGGAAAGAGAGCCCCGUGAUCAAUAAUUAUGAGGCAGCUGAAUACCUUGAAACAGAGAAAGAAGCUCAGAAAGGAACUUACUUUGAUCAGAGCCAAGGCUUAAAAGAUGACCUGGAUGAUGAUGUUGGUGAGAAGAAACGGAUGGCAUUCCUUGACUUAAUGAUUGAGUCUGCUCAAUCUGGAGCUGUAAUAUCUGAUGAUGAAAUAAAGGAAGAAGUUGACACCAUCAUGUUUGAGGGACAUGAUACUACUGCUGCUGCCUCUAGUUUUACACUGUGUCUUCUGGGUAUCCAUCAAGCAGUUCAGCAAAAAGUCAUGGAUGAAUUAUAUCAAAUAUUUGGAGACUCUGACAGGCCAGCAACAUUUGCAGAUACCUUAGAAAUGAAAUACUUGGAAAGAGUAAUUCUGGAAACAAUUAGAUUAUAUCCUCCAGUGCCCAUUAUUGCUAGGCAGCUGAAGGAAGAUGUCCAGUUAGCAUCAGGUGACUAUCUUCUCCCUGCUGGCUGCACAGUUGUGAUUGGAACAUACAAGGUACAUCGCAAUCCAGAGAUCUACCCUAAUGCAGAAGAAUUUAAUCCAGACAACUUCUUACCAGAAAAAAUGCAAAACAGGCAUUAUUAUGGUUACAUUCCAUUUAGUGCUGGACCAAGGAGUUGUGUUGGUCGCAAAUACGCCAUGUUGAAACUGAAAAUUCUCCUCUCAACUGUUCUGCGAAAUUACAAAAUUGUGUCUGACAUAAAAGAGUCAGAGUUUAAAUUGCAAGCAGACAUCAUAUUGAAACGUACUGAUGGUUUCCGCAUAAAAAUUGAACCAAGGAAGUCUGUUAAAGCAAUGUGAACUGUAGACUAUACAACUUCCACUAAAAUUCCAACAAAAAUUUCCUCAAACACUGCUGUGAAACAAUAUGUGCUACUAUCAAAAGUGUUGUCAUAUUUGUCCCACAUUCAAUAAGAAACAGCUUACUGUCAGCAACUGGAAACAGUUUGAAAAUACAUAAGGCCAUUUUUACUCAAACUAUGUAUGAAACUGGCUUUUUCUACACAGGCAAUAAAACUCUAUUAUAAAUGU